AUGCCUCCUCUGUACUUGUCAGUGGAAGUAAAACAACCGAGAACUAUUCCGACCACAACAGGAAAUGAUGAAGAGAAUGAACAACAUGCAUAUAGUAGGAAAAAAGGAAGAGUUUUGGAAUCAGUUAUUUGGAGACCAACAGGAUCAGACCAACAUCAAAAUUUGAAAAGACAAGAUACAACAACAAUAACAUCGACAAGCCUUUCAAAAACUGUAAAUAUGGAAUCGGACCAAAUAAUGUAUGAUGAUAAAAAAAAGUUUAAGAAAAAGAAGGAAAGUUUUGCUUUCCCAAAACAGAAAAUUAAUCCUAGAUAUGAAGUAAACAUGAAUAGAUAUAAGGCAGAAUAUCAAUUUGUCAGAGAGCAACUAAGGUCGAUGGAGGAAAGAAUUAGAGCUCAUGAGGAACAUGACGAUAGUUUAUUAGAGGAUGGUGACACUAUUAAUAUUCCGGAUGCAGUUUUGGAAGAUUAUAAAAUAAUAGAUGAGUUCGAUCAAGCUCCACCAGUCCCUCCACUUCCUUCAAUAGGAAUUCCUUCAACAAAAAGAUCACAAUCUGCUCAAUUGAGGAGACCAAAAAGUGUUGUAAAUAUUCAGCAUCCACCUUCAACUCCAAGAAUAAGACCACAACAAAAAUUUGAUAAGGGUGUACAUAGAGACCAAGUGUAUGAAAACUUACACGAUGUUUCAACUUUUGGAAGUAUGACUAGAUCUGUAAAUAUUUCGAGACCUCAAUUAUUCUAUUCAAAACAGAAGAGAGCAAGCUCUGCAGGUCCUCAAGGAAGGCCUAAAACUGAGGAAAGUUCCAAUUCAGCAGCAAGUAGAAGAAUUGAUACGAGAAGCUCAUUUAGUGGAUGGAGGAGUGCUUUACAUGAUUCAUUAAAAUCUCCACUUAGACAAAAUCAUUCUCUUCCCAGUUCAACAAGGAAUAGAAGAGACAUUGGUAGUGAUUUUGAUUUUGUUAGACCACCAUCUUCCAAAAGUACUACUAGUUCUAAAAGGUCAUUAAUGUGA